AAACACACUUGUCUUAUUUCAGCCAAUAUGACUUUUUGCCACUAUUAACUUCUGGUAGUUUCCUUCAAAACAUCAGCCAAACUGUUCCUUGCUGCCACGUUUUAUUUUUUAUUUUUUUAAAAAACAGGUCGAAGGGAAAAGCAGAAAAUGGGAAACUCUCAGUCGAAUUCAACGAAUCCACGCUUUACUUUAGCCAAAAGAGCCUUUACGGAGAAGAAACUACAAGACCUAAAAUCAUUGUUCGAUUCACUAGCUGCACAAUCUCAAAGCAGUGGACAAUAUGUUUCUCCUUCUGUUUUCAAGGCGUAUAUUGGAGUUGAAGGGCCGUUGGGCGAUAGAAUGUUUGAUUUGGUCACACAGAAACGUAAGGAUCAAAAACUUACAUAUGAGGAUCUUGUGAUUGCUAAAGGAACCUAUGAAAAAGGGACAAAUGAUGAUAUUGAAGAGUUUAUCUAUCAGUUGUUAGAUGUCUUUGGUGAUGGUACUGUUGGAAGAUCAGAUCUUGAAGCUGUCUUGACUGCAGUACUCAGAAAUAUAUCUUCUCAUGAGAGCCAUCAACCUGAACCUAGUUCAGACAGGGAAGUUCUUGACAGUUUCCUCAAUGCUGCAAAUUUAACAACAGAUGAUAAAAAUUCCGCUGAAAAUUGUUUGUCCUUUGAGGAAUUUAGAAGAUGGUGUGCGCAUCUUCCAUCAGUAAGGAAGUUUCUUGGAAGUCUGUUGUCUCCACGUGGUUCAGGCACUGAGGUUCCCAUGUUAAUACACCCAGAAAAUAUUGAUCCAGCUGUUAUAUUGUUAAGAAAGGAAUAUGCUUGGCAUAUAGGGGGUGCCCUCCCAAAAGACGAGUUGCAUGAAUGGAGACUUUUGUAUCACAGUACAGUACAUGGUCUAAGCUUCAAUACAUUCCUGGGGAACAUUUCAAAUGACAAAGGACCAACUUUAUUGAUAAUAAAAGACAAAGAAGGCUAUAUUUAUGGGGGUUAUGCUUCUCAACCAUGGGAGAGGCAUGCUGACUUUUAUGGGGACAUGAAGUCUUUCCUAUUCCAGCUAUACCCAAAAGCAUCAGUUUUCCGUCCAACUGGAGCGAACUCUAAUAUACAGUGGUGUGCUAUAAAUUUUAGUUCUGAGAGCAUCCCCAAUGGCAUUGGUUUUGGAGGACGAGUGAACCACUUCGGCUUGUUUAUCUCAGCUAACUUUGACCAAGGUCAUACUUUCACCUGCACUACCUUUGGCAGUCCUAGUUUAUCAAAGACCCAAAAGAUCUUCCCAGAAGUGAUCGAAUGCUGGGGAGUUGCAAUAAAAAGAGCUCAAGAAGAUACUCAGGAUCGACUUAAGGGUACCGUGUUAGAUAGAUUUAAAGAGGACCGUCAUAUGCUUAACAUGGUUGGACUUGCAAAUUCAAGUGAGUGAUGUGUCUGCAUCUACUCAAAGACUUAUCUGAAGUUGAGACGCUGUGUCUCCUCCAGUGCUUGUGCUUUCUUCUUCUGCUCAAUUAGCAUGGUUUGGCCUGCAAAUUCGAGAGUAUUGUGUUGCUUGUAAUAAUUUAAUAAUGUAUAAUAGAUGCUCAACCCUGUGUACGCGUAAAUAGCAUCUGGAGUGUAAUUUAAGGUGUGGCAAUCAUUACUAUCCCUGGAGUCGUGGCGAAUUUCUUCAAGCCAUUCUCCUAUCCUUGUUAAUAGUAAUCGUCAUUUUGAUGUAUUGCUGUUCUGGCAUAUGCAGAUUCAGCAAAAUGUUGCUCUUCUUAAGGUGAUUUCAGAAGUAAAAUGCCUUAGAUGUGCAUGCUAAAAAGUUCUUCAUUGGGCAA